ACUCAAGAUGGUUUUUAUCAAAAGAGCAAUGAAGUUUCUAAGUCUUUUAUCACCAAGAAAGCAGGUAAACGUAGCAGAUAGGUUUGCUGAAACAUGCAUGUACCACCUUAUAUAAUAAAGGAUUGAUUAUUUAAACAAUUAUCUGAAAUAGGCAUCUCCUUCUCUAAAAAGCACCCAAUUAUUUAAUUAUAAUAAUAAUGAUGUAUUUUUAAUGUGUUCCCAUGUAUAACACAAAGUGUUUUAAAAAGUAAGAGGAAUCGUGAAGUUUCUUUUGUCAAUGUACGUUAAUUUUGCUUGGAUCAAGUGGAACACCCCGACCCGUUGUGUUUAUCUUGUUUCUUCUACAACCAUGCACUUGAGAUGUUUACAUGCCAUUUGCAAUAAAUGUAGGCCCAUGUGCGAGUAUGGCGCACGAGUUGCGGCAAUAAAAUCAGCUUAAAUUGCCUAUGGUUGUAGUCUAACGAGCCAUGGUAUAAUUACAAUUCGUUUAUGUUCAUCGAGAACACCACGUAUGCCCACAUGCAGAUCAUCAGGAUUGCUUAUAAUUAACAAAUAUUCACCGAAGUAGAGGUGAAUAGUGUAAGGAUAUUCAUCGAAACCAAACCAUUGAUUGAUCGAAGUAAAUAUAUCCUUGUACUGUUCAGUGACAGUAAGGUGAGUAUUUGUUUUUGUAUAUACCAAAAAAAUGACCUAAAAACAACGGAAAUUUUGUUAAGGCUCUUGUAAAUAUUAUUGAAAACAAAACAGUAUUUAUACUACAAGCGUUUGGAAAAUUUUUUCAUGAGGAAUAGUUUUAAAGAAGACCUCUACUCAUCUCACCUCCUCAUCUCAACCGUAUUUCGGUUGUAAAUCUGAUUGGUUUAUGAGACAAAAGAUGUUUUAAUUUGUCAUUUGAUUGGUUAGUGCUAAUUACAGUAUAGGCUAUAUUGUCGUUGAUAUAAAUAAUGAUUACAACUAUAAUUAGAUUGUUGUUGUCGUUGUGUGAAAUUUAAAUUUCUCCUGCGACAUUUUGAUUGGAUACUAAAUAUAAACCAAACUGUGGGUGGAAAGCAAUCGGAUUAAGGAUUGUGUCAGGCUAUUAUUUGUAAAAUAGAGCCUGAUCGCAGGUUAACCCAACCGUUAAUUCAUAGCAAUUAGAGCUGUCAAAUUACUUCAAUACGUUAUAGCUAAUUUGAAUGUUGAAUUUGAAAGGGUUCAGUUCUUUUUUAUACACCAUGUAGUCGAUAAUUCCUCUUGCAAUUAAUUACACCAUUUGCCUUUGUAUUAUUCACUAUAAGCAAUACAUGUGAUAAACCUUUAUUCAAAGACAGACGCACCUUUCCAAACCAAGUAUUUUCUGGCAGUGGUGGUUCCAAUAAUUAUGAUAAUGCGAGGUUUGCUGAAAGUGGUUGGUGUUCUGCGAGACCUGGCUCGUAUCUUUUACUCGAUCUUCAAAAGGAAUAUUACAUAACACAAGUUUCGGUCAUAGGUAAUAGAAAUCAGACAAAAUGGGGAGCGUCUUACUCGCUGAAAUACAGUCAUGACAAAACUUUGGUGGAUACGAGCAGCGUAAUACAGGUAUAUUAGCUAUAUAAUAGCAAAACGAUUGUAAUAAAUACUUUCCUGAAAUGAAUGCUUAUCUAUAACAGAAGCAAUGAACGAAAUUUUGAAGUUCCAGGAACUUUUCGUUCAGGCACGUUGGAAAGGAAGUUGCUGGAGAGAAAGGUUAUUGAGGAAUUCUUGUUCGUGCGAAAAAUUUGACUGAUGCAUGCAUUCGAUCAGUUACGUCAGUCUGGAUACGCCUAUGGCAGUAAUAUUGUUAACUAAGUUGAUCUAGCCAACACUUAGAGAUGAAUUUUUGCACGUCAGUUGUUAAAGAUAGCUGUGUUUCUUUUUUGUGAAUGGGGAGGAAAGGGGAGAAGUUAGUAGGGCGUGCGGGGGGGGGGGGGGGGCUAAAUUAAUUUCUUUAUCCCGACCGAAAUUGCGCAAAAAGUGUCAUAUCACUGAAUAUUGUUUGUAUAUAUUGUCGGCUCAGUCAAGAAUUUUCCGGCGCUUUUUAUAUAUUUGCUUUCUUUCGACAUAUUUAUGGGAAAAUGGGGCUCAAAUUACAAGUUUACUUAGUUCCUAAAAUGCUUGAAUCACGUAAUAUUAGGCCUUUAGGCCUAAUACUCACUUAAUAUCGUAUCUUAAACUGUAUCUUGAAAUAUUUUAACAGUUUUUGUAAAUUAAUGUUCUGUCAUGCACAUUCUACGUAUGUUCAGUUAGGAUAAGCUAUCUAAUCUUAAUUCAUUGCCGCAAGUUCUGCUAUCCUGCUAGAAAUGGGAUGUUAAUAGAGGGGUGUCAAUCUAAGUCAUGUGGCUUCACAGUGUAGUUAAGGAGGCUCCCUACAGUUGCGUGCGGGAUGUUCGCGGGACCAGUACGUGAACUAUCCCACGCAACUGCAUGAUCAAAACAAAACAAAAAUUGACCACGCUUUUUUUAAAAAUAAAGCUAUUUCUGAAAGGUUUCUAAUGGAAAAAAGCGUUGAAUAAUACUUCGUUUUGAGUGCCAAAUCACUUGCGAGUCUAUACAGCAAUUCUACAUACGAUACGAAUAUCACUAGACCAAAAAUAGCUAUAAAACAAUAUUUUUAAAUUUUUUUAUACACUGUCAACUGACUCAACUGUAAAACAUUUGCAAAAUUGCAUACAAACGUUUAAAAAGUUGUUUACUUCUCAAGAAAACGUUCACGUUUUUAGUCGUGUUUCUACAAGAUUAAAGUGAUUAUAUGUAAACAGAAAAAUAUUUCAGUUUCAUAGCCUAAUUGUUCAUUUUUAGCAAAAAGUACAAAAACAAACAUGAAACAAAAAAACACGUCCACCUGUUAAUAGGCUGUUACAGCUCAUAGAUUGAGUAAACGGCAGGAUUCAAUUAGCUUCAACCUUGUUUUCAUCGAUUUAAUCCUUCACAAUAAUCCUUGGCUGUCCGUAGCACUCAAAUAAAUCGAAAAGUUGACAAAAACAAAACAGUAAAAACAACAUUGCGGCUCGAUUUUGCUGAAUGAAAACUCGUUCUGCGCCCGCGUACAAUCUUUUACUAGUCAGCGACGCUUUUCAAUAGGGGAAUUUCUCGAGUUACACGAGGCUAUUUUCUAACUUUAUUUGCAUUUUACUCAUUAGUUUCAUCGGUGACCUAUCUUCAAAUUUUGACCACGAAUUUAUUUUGCGGUAAAUUUUAUAAAUUUCAAAUUUUAAAAAAAUCUGUAGUGUGGAAAUUUCGCAAUAAAUUUUUCGCUUUUAAAAAAAUCACACACUACAGAAUUUUUUUAAACUUUCACAACAGUUGCAGAGCAUCAUUCCUUAUUGAUAUAUGAAAUAAAAAAGAUAGGUCACCGACAUCGUUUUUGAGAUAGCGGCACAUUUAUGGGUUAAAUUGGAAGGCUUUAUGCUGUCGUCAUGUUGCCAUGGGAACAUUGACAUCGUCGAAAUCUAGUUCGAAAUAUUCCUUAGGUGACCAAUAUUACCACCAAGUCGAAAAGAAUUCGCGUUCUGCACGAAUAAGCCUGUUUUACGGAAUUGUUGCUUAAACAAGAAUAACUGUAGGGAGCCACCUUAAAGCAUGCUCGCAACUCAAACUACAGUUGUCAUUUGCGACUUAAUAUAUUAAUUUGCUAGUAGACAAUGUUAGUGUUAUUAGUAAUGAUUACUACUACAGCUUUGAUAAACGCCUACUUUGUAUACAAAUACAAUUAGACUACACAAUUGUUUCUAAAGUUACGAGUCACGCGAACGAUGAGGGGAAAAAAGAAGCUAAGGAGUAACAAUGACCGUAAUAAAUUCCGCUGUGACCGGUAAAUUUAGUGAUCCACCGGUCAUAAUGACCGGUAUAACGUCCAGAUUUAUUUCGAGGCCUGUGGUCAGGCAAACUUUACAGCUUGCCCGGUGUGGAUGCACACUCAGAAUAACACUACAAACAUCAUAUUCACCUGAGUACAUAACACCAACACACAAAGUAUAACAAUGUAAUUUUAAACAAUUUUGUCUUUUAAAUCUGAAUUGGUUCCUGGCCACCAAUCAACCUGGUGAUUUAUAGUAAAAUAAAUACUAUAUUAUAAUUUAGGCUCUUGUACAGAUACAAAUGAAAAAUGUUCUGAUCAAGAGGAUGAUGAGUGUGAACCUGUUCCUUCGUUUCAAUCUGCUUUUACAGAUGCACUUAUGAUUGCAGAUCGUAACCUAAGCACGGAGGACAUCUUACAAGGUAAGAUUUAUCUGGGUGGCCAGCUAGGAUCCCCAACAUUCCUCAAAUGCAAAGAGAGAACAACACAACUGUAGGCAUUCAUUCGUGGGGAGCCCAAUAGUUUCUAAUGCCUGUUCCAGUGUAGGUAGUCCCAAUAAUAUUAGGAGGAGAAUUUUAAAAUAUCGAGUAGUUAGCGUUCAAAAAUACCGUCAUCCAUAGCGCGAAAAAAAGGCAUUUGUUGUUUUUGCGAAAAUGGCGGGGUGAACAUUGAGUGCGCUGAAUUAUUGGCGAAAUGUUGGAGUGGAAAGUUGUUAUAUAGAUUGUAGAGUAUAUUCCAGAAAUGGAUUCUAAAAUAAUUAUUUCUAUAAAUAAUUAACAAAUUUUGUAUAUAAAAUUAUAACCAUGCAUAAGUGAUUUAAGUAGUCAAUUUUAGGUUACCUUAAGAAGUGCGAUUUACAAUUGUAUAUAUCUACAGGAAAUACAUGCGCAUGCAAAAACCCCUCGCCUAUAUUUUCCAAACAUUGUUUCAACAUGAAGUAUUCGUAAUUACGCCAACACUGAACGCAGGCUCGCGUUGCUUGCGUCAUGUUAGUCAUGGCAACACGAUAAUUGUUUGUUUUAAUUUUUUGUACAAACCUGCAAAAAAAAAAUGAAAUUUGAACACUAUUAAAUACAGAACUAUCAAUUUCUAAAAUAUAUAAAGUAGGUAUAUUAUUUUGGUAUAUUAUUCUAUGAGCUUUAUUUUAAUAUAAAAUUCAAAACGAAAGUCUACGUAAAACGUUUUUAAAUGUGAAUUGAAAUUAACUGCUUUUUGCCGACUUUAAACUCUUCAACUUGAGCUACAAGUUAUUAUUGGCACUUUGCUUUUUAUCAUGAACUUCUACAAAAGUUAAUUUACUACGCAUUUCACUGAUAUGUGCAUUCCGCAUUUUUUCUCGCGUCCGAACGGCGUCCGAACGGCGUUCGACGGUCGGCGUUCGACGGUCGGCGGUCGACGUUCGACGCAGGCCUGGUUACAAAAUUUGGCCCCUUUUCAAGUUUAAAUUUUCCGAUGUUAAUAUAAAUAGUCAAUGUCUUGUCUUGAAUGACAGAAGUAUUGAUGAAAACUUGAAAAGGCGCCAAAUUUUGUAACCAGGCCUGCGUCGACCGUCGAACUCCGUUCGGAAGCGAGAAAAAAUGCGGAAUGCACAUAUCAGUGAAAUGCGUAGUAAUUAAGAAACUUUUGCAUACAAUGCAUAGGAAAGACCUGAACAACAAGAACGAAGUCUAUAAUCAAAUACAGAGUCAUACAUAAACAAUUGAAACAAACUUGUGCUAUAGGCUAUAUAUACUUUAUGAUUUCUCAUAACUAAAUCAAUUCUUAUAAAUGUUUAUGUUUAAAAAUUGAAAAAAAGUUUUACAAUUUGUUGGGGUUUUUUUAAUUAAAAUUUUUGCCACAAGAACAUAGUACAUAAAAGACAGUCACAGUAACUAUUUACAUAUGUUUAUGAAUCUGCAUGGUGUCUAUGGAAUAUGGAAAUUCACAGGUUGUCGUGCCUCGAAUAAACGUGGCCAAAUAAUUAAUUAAACAAUUUACGUACGACGAAAGAACUGUUAUUUAGCUUUUCAAUGAUACUCUCUUUAAAUCGUAACGAUGACAAUUGUAGUUUUAACUUACGCGUUUAUAGCGAACAUUCCACUGGCAAAGUUUUCCUGGCUUUGUUAUAUCAUAUUAUACAACGCUAACAGCUUGAAAAGUCCACUCAACUAUGUAUUUUUUGUUAGUCUUGUUUAAGGUAAAUGCUUUUCCAUUGAAAAAUAAAGAUAAAAGCCAUAUUUUCCACGCGAAGGCAACUUUUACUUUGUGUAGCGCGGCGCCAUGUUUGUUUUGUUUUGAAGCAAUCUGUGACCGUUACUUCUUUAAACUAAAUUGCUUUAAACUGAUUGGUUGAUUUAAUCACCACAAUGUUUUUCCACCAAUCACAUCAGUUUGUUACAGAUUUUUGCACUGUGAUUACAGAAAAUUGCACUGUGAUUACAAAAAAUUGCACUGUGAUUACAGAAAAUUGCACUGUGAUUACAGAAAAUUGCACUGCUGUUUGGGAUUAACUGCACUGAAAUCAACCAAUCACAGUCGAGUAAUAUCUUUAUGUAUAUUAUUAUACACUGAACAUUUCCCUAAUUUGGCGUCCCCUAAUUUUUAGUUCAAAUUUUCCACCGAAACUGCUUCAAACGUUUCGUCAGUUGCCAAAAAGUUUUUAAAUGAUUUUUUAAAAUAAAAAGCACAUUUUAAAACAUUGGAAAAUUUCCCCUAGAGACAAUCCCGUUAUAAAAAAGUAGGUACGCGACGCGUACAUGUAUCUGCGAAAAAACUUGAUUCGCAUUUUCAUCACUUAUUAUAAUAAAUAUAAUAGCAAAUAAGAUUUUGAAGUCAAACAUAGUACAAAUCUAACAAGGCUGUAGACAGCACGGAGGGCAGCAGGGGCAACUAAUUUUAUCUGAUUAUGAUUGUAACCUGAAUAACUAUGCAGUCAAAAAUUAAAAAUUUCAUGCAAACAAUAUUUGAAGUGUCUAUAUUUAGUAAACUGUCACUUGUCAAUCCAUACCCAUUGUCAAAACUUUAUUGUAAUCAUAUGAAGCAAAAGUUCUGUCACUUGUUGUUUACACUUGCCAACGUUAACGUACUAUUUAAAAAACGAGCAGGAGUGUUUUAUUAGGUUUAAAGCCACGAGCGUGCAGUGCGAGUGGCUUUAGACCUAAUAAAACACGAUAUGUGAGUUUUUUUAAAUGGCUUCAAAAACGUUUGCAUAAUAAGUCAAAUCUUUAUAUAAAAAUCUUUAUAUAAAAAUCUUUAUAUAAAAAUCUUUAUAUAGUUUGCAUAACAAUGGUCUUUUGUUAAAGUGUUCUUUAGCUGAUAUAAAGACGUAUGCACGUGACUAAUUUCUUACUCAAGAUUGGUUAAUUGCUUCAUGAAUUAUUAAUGAGUUUUUGAAUGUUGAGUAACAUACACAAACUAUUCGAGGAACAUGCAUUAUUGUAGCGAAGAGUCAAUCAUAUAUCGAAGACCACUGAAUAGUAGAGAAUGUUUUGAAGGUCAUGAGUGAAGUAUAUAAUUCAAUUCCAAUUCUGUGCACGGCUAAUGAUAUACCACACUGUUCGGUUUAACAAAGCAUAUCCACACACAAACAAUGUGUGUUGUAGGAGAAUAUCGGUUUGAGUAGUUUAGUUUUGUUCAUAUUGUGUGCCAUUGAUCUGAUCCAUCCAUAAAAUAUAUGAUUAUUGUAGCUGUAAAGCUAUUAUCCAUACUAAUGAAUUUAGGUAAGAUUGUCUUUGCAAGUGGGUUGUUUUGACAAAAUUAUCUCGCCAAUAUCCAGUACAUUUAUUCAUCAUUCUUGCAUUAAUCUCUAAACAAAAACACUUAUUUUAGAAAGCAGAAUAACAAUGUAAUGAGGGUGGAGGGUGGGGAUUCUUUUAUUAGCAUUUGAAAAUGUUUGUAAAAAUUUUGUUUAAUUAUUAUAAACUCUAAUGUGUAAAACCAAAAUGUAACAGAGUUUAAUACAGAAAUACAGGACCAGGAUUUAAUUUAAUAUCUCCUGAGAACAUUAGUUUCCUGUGACAUUGUUCAUUGACAAAUAUAUUGCCUGCUAUGUUUUUACUGUUUAAAAUAUUACACAACACAAUGAUUGUUUUACUACAUUAAUAUAUAAUAUAAUAAAUUUGUGGUACUUGACUACUUACCAGACGAGGAUAAGUUUCCAUGUUGAUAGAUAACUUCGGGAUAAUAUCACAAGUAGAAUGGCACGCGAAAACAAGACAAAAUCAAGAUACUUUUGAAGCCAAAAUGUGAAAAUGGCAAAGAAUAACACGACUACACGAGGCAAAACUACGCCCGUUCGUAGGUUAGAUGGGGGCCCGAUGUAAACACAAUAUGUAAACUGAUCGCUGAUUGGCUUAAAUUGGCUUAAAUUAUAUAAGCUCGUCGCUGAAUGGCUAUGUGCUAACAUACGGUACUGUACGGUAACGGUACGGUCACGUUUGCGAUAGCAAUAUAUCUGCUUCGCAGAUACAAAAAUUAUAACAUAACAUUAUUAUAACAUGUCAUAAUCUAUUGUUUAAAUUUCUUUGACAGGAAACGCACGCAAUGGAGGCAAAGCAAGGCGAAAGAAAGGGAAGUCCAAAGAAAAAAGACUGUUGUUCAGUACUGGUAGUGCAAUGAAAUUGUAGUGUGCUUCACCAUAUGUAUAACAACGUUAACUAUUUUGUUUACAUUUUAUCAUAUUACACGCUUUCUCCCUCGCUAAAUCAAAUUCUUUUGUAGAAUGUUCACGAGUCGCAAACUUGUUCGUUUUGAAGUAGUUUUUACACCUAACACCAAACCAGUACAAAGUUAAUAUUCUGUGACUGCGAUAAUUAUGAUUACCUCAGAAGACAUAAUUACCUCUUUUCCUUCAUACAUUUAUGUACUAGAUUAAAACAUGAGCAACCGGUCUUUAUAACAUACAAAGUAAAGCCGAAGGAGAGAGUUUGUAUAUCAGAUAAAGAUCGGAUGCGAAUGUUUUAUCGUACUUAAAAAACGAUCCAUCUUAUGAGUUCAUUGGCGAAGUAAUUUUAAAAAUAAACCUUCUCUAAGCCGAGAAAAUCAAAGCUGAAUUUUAUGUAAACGAGGACAAAUCUUUAUCCGAUUUACAAACAUCGAUUACACAUUCAUUUCUUUUGAAGUUUCUUCAUAAAUUUUAAGUUUACUUUAAUGAUAAGGAUUUAUUAUACACCAGUUAAAAUGACGGUCCAAGACAUACUCUUUGAGCUUGUAGUUGUGAUGCAGCAAUACGCCUACAACCCCAGUUUAUAUAAGUUUUUGACUGUACGUUUCUCAAUUUUUACGAAAUAACAAACCUUUUGUUAUAUUAAAUACAGUAUUUCUGUUACAUGUAUGAUUAGGUUGGGGUAAAAUGUAGUGAGUGACCGAUAUUUUGCCGAUAGCGCGAUACCGAUAUUCGAGCCAAAGACACUUUCAAAGUAAAAGGUUAUAAAUUAAACUACACAACGUAGUUUUAAAGGAUAACUUCUUUAGCAUAUUGGUGUCAUAUCAAUAUAAAAUUCAUGGAACAACAGUUUCUAAUAGUUAGCUAUGGAAACGUGAAAACUGUAGUGUGAAAUAUGAUAUUGUAUUUGUAAUGCCUAAUGGCGCAAUAAGGAUAAAAUAAGGAUGGAUGCAUGGACGGACGGAUGAAUGCAUUACAUUGCAGCCAUAAGCUGAAUUAAGUUAAAUGUGCAAUAAUUUAGAAACGAAAGAAUCUUAAAACAACCUAUUAUUAUUAAAUUAGUCACAAAUAUUUACAAUGACACUGAUAAACAAUACAUAUAACAUGCUACAAGACAACACACGUGACUGGAAUGUGGAACAGGAC